UUCCCGGAAGUAGUUGCUAGGCUCACGUUUAUGCUCGAUUUAUUUACAUCAUAUUGCGUUUUACAGACAGCCAAGUAUGAAUCGUUUGUUGACAAAGUCAGUCUUGUCAAGGGUUCCCAUGACAUUUUGUCGCCUGGCAGCAAUUAGAUUCUCGUCAGCUGCCGGCAGUAAGGAGAAUCUUGAAAAGUUGGUGCAAAACAACAAAGUUGUUGUGUUCAUGAAGGGCACGCCUGAUGCUCCAAGGUGCGGAUUUAGCAAUGCUGUCGUCCAGAUCCUCAACUUCCACGGCGUUGAUGAUUACGACGCACACAAUGUACUUGCUGAUGAAGAUCUAAGACAAGGUGUAAAGGAGUUCAGUAACUGGCCAACAAUUCCCCAGGUGUAUAUGAAUGGAGAGUUUAUUGGAGGAUGUGAUAUUUUACUGGACAUGCACAAAAAUGGAGAACUAAUUGAAGAAUUGCAAAAAGUUGGAAUAAGAUCUCAACUUCUUGAUCAUCCGGACAAGCAAGCCUAGUGCUAUGGUGUGUAGGUAUGAUGUGGCCACAAGUGCAGAAAACAUAUGGACAGAGUCAAAAAUAAGAAUACCACUGUACCCAGUUUGAAGAUUAGUGUCAUAAGUAUUCAGAUCUGUGUUUCUUCCUUAUUCAUAGUUCUGUGUUAACUGAUAGGUUCCUUGAUGGACUUGAACAAUUCUUUUAUUCAGCUUAAACUAUUUGCUAAUAAAAGAGUUUAACAUUU